AUGAACUUCCCCUUGCCCGACAAAUUCAAAAUGCCUCAUGUAGACAAAUAUGACGGCAAAGGAGACCCUAUGGAGCAUAUGGAAAGCCUUCGAGCACACUUUAUCGUCCAUGGUACCCCAGAUGAGAUCUCAUGCCGGGCGUUUCCGUUAACUCUAGCAGAAGCAGCCAAUGAGUGGUCCUUAAGACUCUCUACAAAGUCGAUGGAUAACUUCAAAUCCCUGGGAUGUCUCUUUCUAAGCCAAUUUUUGGUUACUUGUAAAAGGAAGAAGAGCCCAGCUUACCUGCUUUCUCUGGUUCAAAGGAAGGAUGAGUUCCUAAAAAACUUCAUGCUCAGAUUUAAUAAAGAGAAGUUGACAGUAGAGAGUCCGAGUGAGCAAAAGGUACUCAACGCUCUUAUGCAUGGGGUGAGAGCCGAAGGGCCACUAAUGGCCGAGUUAGUGAAGGAAUCUACAAUGGUGACUCUUCUUCAUUUUCUAAAAAAGGCGGAAGAGUAUAUCAAUCAAGAGGAAAUUGUUGUUGCCCUGAUGAAGUCCCAAGAGAAGGUGACUCAGCAAGAGAAGAGUGGUGUGAAGGCAGCACCAAUGAGCUCCGGGAAAAAGCAGGAAAGAAACCCGAAGCAGCAGGAUAAGAGAGCCCUCAAACCAAAGAAUGAGUCUCUGAGGAAAUUUAGCAAGUUCAUUCCAUCGAACACCAGUAUGACCAAGGUGUUGAUGGAGAUCUGGAGAGACCCUAACUUCAGAUGGCCAACAAGACUGAAGGGUCCCGCGUCGAAACGAGACCACACCAAGUUUUGCCACUAUCAUAAUGAAGUCGGCCACCUGACUGAGGAGUGUGUAUCUCUUCGUCACGAAAUAGAAUCCUUCAUUAGGAAUGGUAAAUUGGUGAGGUUCCUGGCAGGCGAGAGGGCCAGAGGAAGGGAUCAUCUGCAACCCCUGUUGCUCGAGGGAAAUCGAGAAGCUGAGCCGAGACCAAAUUGGGAUGCACAUCCCCCACCUCAGAAUCAUGAUGUAGUAGGAGAAAUCCUAACCAUUUCAGGAGGUAUAGCUGGUGGAGGAGAGUCUAACUCAGCCAAAAAAGCCCAUGCCAGAAGGGUGCAGACCGAGGAGGUUCUCUUUCUUGAAAGACCUGCCAAGACCUUAAAGCGAGAGCCCAUGGUCUUAUCAUUCUCCGAAGAAGAUGCGAAGGGAGUAAUGAUGCCCCAUGACGACGCGUUGGUGGUAACAGUGACCGUGGCCAACCAUGUGCUCUAUCGGAUCUUAGUAGACAAUGGGAGCUCGACUGAUAUUCUCUAUUGGCCAGUUUUCAAACAGAUGGUAGAAACAGCUCCCAGGCAGUCAAUUAUCAUGGUAGACUUCUUGGUAGUCGACCGACCAUCUGCCUACAACGUAAUAAUCGGUUGGCUAGCCUUGAAUAAGUUGAAGGUUGUAACUUCAACCUAUCACUUGAAGAUGAAGUUCUCGACUGAAGAAGGAGUCGGAGAGGUCAAAGGUGACCUGAUUGUAGCAAGGAAGUGUUACAUCACUUCCCUGAAGAAGCCUUCGGAAGCCAUACCUUUGACGGUUAGCACCGUGCGGAGCAAAAAGGAAGGCUAA